UGCCCUACCUGUCCACACUUGCCGCUGUUGCUGUUCAUCAAUUUCUUCACCUCCAACUUCCCUCAACCUGGCCUCUCCCUGCGCUCCUCUGUUCCUGUCCAAGAGAAGUCCAAGGAGUGGUCAAAGAAUGAACAUAUUUCGUUGAAAAAGAAGACAGAUCAAAUGGAAUAUAUACUUUUAUUUUCAUGAAAAGUGUUUUACCUGACUUUAAUGAGAUUCUUGACUACGCUGGUGUUCGCCGGAGGAGGUUUUCUUCAAUCUUCAUUUUUUUUAAGUAACAGGAAGUAUUCACAAACGCCAAGACAGCCAUGGGGAGUAAGGAGCACUACCACUGGCAGACCCAGAAUGUGAAGGUGAGCGGGGUGGAUGACAUGGUGCUGCUCUCCAAGAUCAAUGAAGACUCCAUCACAGACAACCUCAAGAAGCGAUACAUGGACGACUACAUAUUUACAUACAUCGGGGCCGUGCUGAUCUCAGUCAACCCCUUCAAGCAGCUGCCGUACUUCACUGACCGAGAGGUGGAGUUGUACCAGGGCGCUGCCCAGUAUGAGAAUCCUCCGCACAUCUACGCCCUGGCGGAUAACGUGUACCGCAACAUGAUGAUCGACAUGGAGAACCAGUGUGUGAUCAUCAGUGGAGAGAGCGGUGCUGGCAAGACGGUAGCAGCCAAGUUCAUCAUGAGUUACAUCUCCAAGGUGUCCGGGGGCGGGCCCAAAGUCCAGCAUGUGAAAGACAUCAUCCUGCAGUCCAACCCUCUCCUGGAGGCCUUUGGAAAUGCCAAGACUGUGCGCAACAACAACUCCAGCCGAUUUGGUAAAUAUUUCGAGAUCCAGUUCAGUCGAGGAGGGGAACCCGAUGGUGGCAAGAUUUCAAACUUCCUUCUGGAAAAAUCCAGAGUGUGCUCGCAGAAUCACGGGGAGAGAAACUUCCAUAUCUACUACCAGCUCCUGAACGGGGCGACUAAAGAACAGAGGGAGAACCUGGGCGUCACCACGCCAGACUACUACUACUAUCUCAACCAGUCAGGCACGUACACCGUGGAGGACGUCAACGACAAGAAGGAGUUUGCAGACACCAUGGAGGCCAUGUCAGUAGUGGGGCUGUCUCCAGAUGAGUGUGACACGGUGCUGCAGAUCGUCGCCGGCAUCCUCCAUCUUGGAAACAUCGCCUUCAGAGAGGAGGGAAACUACGCUGUAGUUGACAGCGAAGACUUCCUGGCCUUCCCUUCGUUCUUGCUGGGCAUCGCCCAGGACGGCCUGAAGAGCAAGCUGACGAGUCGCAACAUGGACAGCAAGUGGGGCGGCAAGACCGAGACCAUCUCCGUCACCCUCAACACGGAGCAGGCCACCUUCACCCGAGACGCCCUGUCCAAAGCCCUCUACUCGCGCCUCUUCGACUUCCUCGUAGACGCGAUAAACAAAGCCAUGCAAAAGGACAACGAGGAGUUUAACAUUGGGGUGUUGGACAUCUAUGGGUUCGAGAUUUUUCAGAAAAAUGGCUUCGAGCAGUUCUGCAUCAACUUUGUGAAUGAAAAACUGCAGCAGAUUUUCAUCGAGUUGACCCUGAAAGCAGAGCAGGAAGAGUACGUGCAGGAGGGGAUCCGCUGGACCCCUAUCGAGUACUUCAACAACAAAGUGGUGUGCGAUUUGAUCGAGUCCAAAUUGAACCCACCUGGCAUCAUGAGUAUCCUUGACGACGUGUGUGCCACCAUGCAUGCCAAGGGAGAGGGGGCGGACCAGACUCUUCUGCAGAAGCUGCAGUCGCAGAUCGGCAACCACGAGCACUUCAACAGCUGGAACAAGGGCUUUGUAGUACACCACUACGCCGGCAAGGUGUCAUACGAUGUCAGUGGCUUCUGCGAGAGGAACAGGGAUGUGCUCUUCAAUGACAUCAUCGAGCUGAUGCAGAGCAGUGAAUUUGAGUUCAUCAAAGACCUUUUCCCAGAAAACCUAGAAGCAGAGAAAAGGGGUCGCCCUACAACCGCAGGCACCAAAAUUAAGAAACAAGCAAAUAACCUGGUGGGCCGUCUGAUGAAGUGCACACCACACUACAUCCGCUGCAUCAAGCCCAACGAGACCAAGAAGCCGCGCGACUGGGAGGAGAGCCGCGUCAAGCACCAGGUGGAAUACCUGGGCCUCAGGGAGAACAUCCGCGUACGUCGUGCCGGCUUCGCCUUCCGACGGCCCUUCAGCAAGUUCUUGCAAAGGUAUGCCAUCCUGACCAGGGAGACGUGGCCCAAGUGGAAAGGGGAGGAGAAGAAAGGGGUGCUGCACCUGCUCAGCUCCGUCAACAUGGACUCGGACCAGUACCAGCUGGGGAAGACCAAAAUCUUCGUCAAAGCUCCAGAAUCGCUCUUCCUGUUGGAGGAGAUGAGGGAGAGGAAGUAUAAUGGCUACGCCAGAGUCAUCCAGAAGGCCUGGCGCAAACACAUCGCCGUCCGCAAAUACGUCAAGAUGCGAGAGGAAGCGUCCGACAUCCUGCUGAACAAGAAGGAGCGCAGGAGGAACAGCCUGAACCGCAACUUCGUCGGGGACUACAUCGGCACCGACAACCACCCCGAGAUCCGGCAGUUUGUGGGCCGCCGGGAGAGGAUAGACUUCGCCGACGUGGUGGUGAAAUACGACCGACGGUUCAGGUCUGUUAAGCGUGACCUCAUCCUGACCUCCAAGUUCCUGUACCUGAUUGGCCGAGAGAAGGUGAAGCAGGGUCCAGACAAGGGACAGAUCCGCGAGGUCCUGAAAAGGCAGAUUGAGCUGGAGAAGAUCCAGUCAGUCUCACUCAGUACGUUACAGGACGAUUUCUUCAUCGUGCAUGAGGAGCAUUAUGACAGUGUGCUGCAGUGCGUCUUCAAAACCGAGUUCCUCAGCCUGCUGUACAAACGCUACGAGGAGAAGACCAAGAAGAAGCUGCCAAUCAAGUUUAACAACCUGCUGGAGUUUAAGGUGAAGAAGGGGGGCUGGGGGCCCUUCUCCUCAGCCGGUUCCCGCCAGAUCCAGUUCCAGCCGGGCCAGGGGGACGAGGCGGUCCUCAAGCCCAGCAGCAAGCAGCUAGUCGUCACCAUCGGACCGGGCCUGCCCAAAAACUCCAGGCCUACGAGAAGAGACAACAGGAAGAGCAGAUAUAUGGCCAACCAGACCUCCAACUCCAGGGGCUACUCCCAUGAGCCUCAGCGUGGCGGUAACGAUGGGCGUGGUGGCAGGGGCCGCGUGCCCUCUGUGAGGGGCUCCCUGGUGCGGCAGCAGUCCAGCAUGGAGCAGCCCACCCUGCCUCGACUCCACGGUCAGCAGCGCCAGUCCCGCGCCCAGGGCCCCAAGGACACGGACAUGGGCUUCAUGAAUGUCCCUGACCAAGGCGUGGCUGGACUUCAUCGCAGGCGGUCGAAAGAGUACAAGCCAGAGCCGGGAUCGGGUCGACCAAAGCCCGCCCCCAAACCCAAACCCCGUGGGCCGCAGUGCAAAGCAUUAUGGGCCUACGAUGCCCAGGAUACGGAUGAGCUCAGUUUCAAUGCAGAAGACAUCAUUGACAUCCUCACUGAAGACGCAUCUGGCUGGUGGUAUGGGCGCUUGCGAGGACGGGAGGGAAUGUUUCCUGGCAAUUAUGUAGAAAAGAUCUGAGCGUGGAUACUAUGACAAAGAGAUCGCUCCCAAGAGGACACAAUAAGGAUAUUAUUAUCUGUGGAACACAGAAAACGCUGAACUGAUGUGAGGAGACACAACUUGAGCAAUAAUGGCAAAGGGUUUUAUGGUUUAUAAAGCUUACCUGCCUGGCAUUAUUGUUUUUAUGCAGUGGUGUGCACCUGCAUAUUCACCCCAGUAGAAGUUAGAAUGUUAAAAUCUAUCCGCUCUGUUGGAACAGGGCACUGGAAUAUGUAUAACUCUUACGUCAUGAGAUUUUUUUUUUAUUUUUUUUUUAAAAUAUUUGUCAUUUUGCAUUUUUAUAUUUUUAUGUUAAAGGGAGAAUGUGAACAAAUGUUUUAUCCUCUUGCCAAUCAAAGUGGUUGUCUAAAGAAUGAGUGUUCCUGUGCAACUUGAAAGCCUACUUGGAUAGGUGGUGUGCUCCCAGGAGGCAAUUCAGCACAUUUCUGGAUAUUUCUUUAUAUCAUAUUCGCUCAUAGAUGUGCCAAACAUUGGGCUCGUUCGUGAUGAC